CACAAAAUGAAAGAGUUCGUCUCCAAAAGGAUGACUUCAACUUGAUUUUAUUUUACAAAAUUCUUCGAAAAAGUUAUCUGUUCGAAUUUAUUACAAAAAACUAUUCAUCCUGAAUUCAUUAAGCCUCAAAUGUUCAUUAAAACAAUAUGAUCGUUCGCGUUCAUCGUGCAAAUUAAUUGUGUUUUUGUAUCGUAAUUCCCUUAUCAUCGAAAUGCUUAUUUUGCUUAUUAACAGAAACAACUGAUUACGAGGUUGCAAGUUCUCUUUGUUAAGUAAUUGUUUUUUCGUUUGUGAUUUGUGUAUUUCGUUUUAAAAUUGUAAAAUCAUCGUAGAGAAUUUAUGAAGUUGAAUUUUUUGAUAUCACUUUUUGUUACAUUCUUCGUUGCUUAACUCGAGGUUUUCUUUGUUUUUCUUUGUUGCUCGUAAGUUUUUGCACCCAAACGACUCAUCAUAGGUAACAUUUGUGACGAAGAAGAAUGAGUGAACUGAGCCAAGAAGAGAUUCGUCGCAGAAGAUUGGCACGAUUAACUAGUGUAGGAAAUGAUGAAACACAAACGACUAUCAGUCCUAAAUUAGACAUAGGUUCGACAGCAGACGAUGCAAACGGCACGUGUACUGCCCAGUUGAAUGUUGGUGAUGAUGGGAAAAAAUUUGCCGAGAGAAGUUGUUCGUCGUCAAAUUCAUCUAGUAACGAGUCGAAAGAAGAAGUACAACAGAUGGAAGUUGAAGGUAGUAUUCGAGAUGUAGACGAUGCCGAUCAAGGUGUAGAAAGUAUGGAAGUCGACGAAUCCAGAGAAGUGGCAUCUGUUGCGAUUAAAAAACCUGUAUCGACUUUACCACCGGAUAAUUUUGAAUCAGUGCAGUCGAUAAUUUCUUCGAUACUGCAAGUAGAUUGGCAACAAUCUCAAGUGCUGAGGGUGUUGAAUGAAUCUCAAACUUCUUACGGAUAUGGCGACGAAUACCUUUCUGGCGAAAUUAAAAACUUGAUCAACGCAGUCUUGGUUGAGGUAUUGGGCACGGUUGCGAAACAAGAAGAAGAUAAAAGCGAACCGCAUGUGAAAUUAGCCGUCAUUUCGUUUUUACUAGAAUGUUAUAGACGAGCAUGCGAUGAUGAAAUAGUGAAUCCCAAAAAAAACAAGUCUCCUAUGCGACACGCUGUACUCGAUGAAAUUCGCACUCAAAGUAUACGAUUUACGAUUAUGUUGGCCCAAGGAAAAAUCAUGCUUCAACUAGAAGAGCCCAAACAGUCAGCUCUGACAACUUACAAAAAUUGCCCGUUUUUAAGUAGCAUGAUACAGAAAACAUUACCCAGAGGAUUCUUGGCCGAACUGGUUGUUAAUACCUAUCAAAAUCAGAAGCUAUUUUACGACAUUUUUACUCCUUUAUUGCAAGGAUUAAAUCAAUUAAUGCAAGGAGCAUCUAUUGUGCAAAAUUCUCAUCGCGAUCCGUUGUUAUUUCUUUUCGAACUAACCGAAAUUAGAUCCACGUUGUCGAGUUCCAAUCGUCCUUUGUGUACAUUGAUUACGAAACAGAAACAAUUUAUACCUAAUUUGGUUACAAACGUGCCGGGAAGAGAAUUUUCGAUGACCUCGUUUUUGGGACCUUUUCUUUCGUGUUCGGUGUUCGGCGAAGACGAUCCAUUAAUUAACGAUAACAUUUUCAACGGCGGUACUUCGUUAGCAGAUAAGUCGAUGAUAUCUACUUUCCGUUUGGAAUUGGAGAGUAUCAGAGUACAGCUUCACAAAAUUUUUCAACAUGCUGUUUCCAAUAAAGAAUCCCGGUAUCCGUUCAUGGAAUAUAUUGCUCGUCUGUUGAUAACGAAUGAGAAACGAGUCCAGUAUCAAGUAGAAGAACGUUCUGUAGCCACAGAUGGUUUGAUGUUGAAUUUAUUAUCAGUGUUGCAGUUACUUUCAGUUAAAAUAAAACUUAAUAAAGUCGAUCCGAUGUACAUUUACUUGAAAAAAUGUUUCGUUAAAACCACCGGAGACACGAGAAUAAAAAUGACUAGUCAAGAACUAUCUGAUUGGCUUGAAACAAUUUCAUCGAACGUCGAACCUGAAUCAAACUUCUCAACGGAAUGCUGGUUUCUAACUGUUUACUGCCAUCAUAUCGCUCUUAUACCAAUAUUAAAUAAAUACCAUCGUCGCCUCCGAGCCAUUCGUGAUUUACAAAAAAUGGUCGACGAAAUACAGAACACCGAACCCCAAUGGAAAUCUAGCUUGAACGCAGUUCGUAACAGAGAAUUACUCAAGAGAUGGAAUCAGCAAUUGAAAAUUUUAUUAAGAAACAAAGUAUGCGCCGAUAUCGCCCUGUUUGAUCGAACAUUAUUGAAAAGAGCGUUAGAAUUUUACACCACGGUAGGAGAAUUUUUAGUCAAUGCUCUGAAAAAUACUCCUUUCACCGAUUCGUCGCCUUCGACUACGUCUCCGUCAUCUUCGUCGUCGGAUUUCUCACUGCCAACCGAAAUACCGAAUGUAUUUGCAGCGUUGCCCGAAUGGUUUGUCGAAGAUAUCGCCGAGUUCCUAUUAUUCGCACUUCAAUUCGCAUCUCACAUCGUAACUAAAAACAUGGAGAAUACUUUGGUUUCUUGGCUAUUGUUAGCGAUAUGCGUUCCUAGUGCAUUCAAAAAUCCUUAUUUAAUAGCUAAAAUAAUAGAAGUAUUAUUCGUACUGAAUACUACCAUGCAAACUUCCGAUAAUUUAUACGUACAAAUUAUGACUCAUCCGAUAUCUACUCAAUAUCUUCCUCCGUUUUUGAUGAAAUUUUAUACAGAUGUCGAAACCACUGGAUCUAGUUCGGAAUUCUACGAUAAAUUCACCAUCAGAUUUCACAUUAGUUUGAUUUUGAAAAGUUUCUGGGAUAGUGCAGUUCAUAAACAAACUUUGAUAAACGAAUCCAGAUCUGGUUUACAAUUUGUGAAAUUUAUCAAUAUGUUGAUGAAUGAUACUACAUUCUUAUUGGACGAAAGUUUGGAAACGUUGAAGCGUAUUCACGAAGUUCAAGUAUUAAUCAACGAUAAAGAAGCGUGGGAUAAACUAACUCAAGAACAGCGUCAAGCUAAAACUAGACAAUUAACCGCUGACGAAAGACAAUGCAGAUCGUACCUAACUUUGGCUCGUGAAACCGUCCACAUGUUUCAUUAUUUAACGAAAGAUAUUCAAGAACCAUUUUUAAGACCGGAGUUGGUUACCAGGUUAUCAGCGAUGCUCAACUUCAAUUUGCAGCAGCUUUGCGGACCAAAAUGCAAAAAUCUUAAAGUCAAAAAGCCCGAAAAAUAUGGCUGGGAACCGAAAAAGUUACUCGGACAGUUGGUUGACAUUUAUUUGCAUAUGGAUUGCGAACAGUUUGCUGCAGCUUUGGCCGCUGAUGAGCGUUCGUUUCGCAAAGAAUUGUUUGUUGACGCUUGCAUUCGUUUGGACAAAGCAGUCAUCAAGACUCCCGAAGAAAUCGAACGGUUUCGUAGACUGUCCGAACGCGCUGUUGCGAUUUCCGUGCUGAAUAUGAAAAAAGAAGUCGAUUAUAACGACGCUCCCGAAGAAUUCCGAGAUCCUUUAAUGGAUACGUUGAUGGAAGAUCCAGUGUUACUUCCUUGCGGUAAAGUAAUGGAUCGCGCUGUAAUUAUCCGACACUUGUUGAAUUCGUCUACCGAUCCAUUUAGUCGUCUCCCGUUAUCUGAAGAUAUGUUACAACCCGCUGUAGAACUAAAAGAGAAAAUCGAAGCGUGGAAAAGCGAAAAACGUAAAGCUCCUUCGUUCCCUACCAAAAGUGACGACUCCAUGUCGAAUACUUGAGCGAUAAUUUCUCCUCUAUGAAAUUUAUAUUCGUGUUAAUACUUUCUUUUCUACCCGAUACUAUGUUUUUGCCAUUCGAUGGCGUAGAAACGGUUUUUGCUUUCAAAAUUUAACAGAUCGUCGAUCUCUGUAAAAAGUGAGCGAUUCUUUCUGUUGAGGUUGUUCUAGAAAAACCGUGAUGUUGAAGAAUUUUUUUUGUACAUGUCGUUUCUGUAUAUUUACGUAAUUAUUUUAUGUUUGAUGUUUUUUCUCUACUACCUAUUCGUUUGUAAUAUGUCGAUAUUAAACCCGAACAUAUAUAUAUUUUUCCCCACUA